UGCUUGUCUGUUCCACACUACAUAUAUAUUUUUUUUUUUACAGUGUUAGAAACUCAAUAAUUUCACUACUUGUAUUGCACAUAGGCACAUAGCAAUAUAAACACAAAAUUUCGAUUCAUCUUUGCAAUACAAAAUCUCUUCCAUUUUUAUUUUUUGUUGCCAUAACCAUGAAGAACAAUAAGGAUCAACAAGGCAAAGUCUCAUCAUAUCUAAAGUUUAUCAAUGAUAAACUCUAUUCUCUUAACUUCUUAGCUUAUAACCUAGUUUUUGGUUGUGGUUUAUUUGUUGGUAUCACACUCACUUUUUGUCUUAAAAAUUUUGCAUUCAACUUUCAAAUCCAACAAUUCCAAAAUCAAUCCUUUAGCUUCAAUCCACCUCCUCAUGAUUUUUCUCCUCCAAUUUUAUCUAUCAACUCAACAACAUCAAAUGAUCACAAUAACCAAACAAAAUUUUCUAUUAAUCGAAAUAGUUUGGAAGAUUUUUUGAAGAUUCCAAUGGCUAUGCAUGAUAUGAAUGAGGAUGAAUUGUUAUGGAGAGCUUCAUUUGUUCCUAUGAUUGAUAAAACUCCAUUCAAACAAACACCAAAGAUUGCAUUUAUGUUUUUGACAAAAGGACCUGUUUUAUUGGCUCCUCUUUGGGAGAAAUUCUUCAAAGGAAAUGAAGGGUUGUAUUCUAUCUACAUUCAUCCAAGCCCUUCUUUCAAUCAAACAGUUUAUAAUCAAAGCUCGGUGUUUUAUGGCCGGAGAAUCCCAAGCAAGGAAACAAAGUGGGGUGAAACUAGCAUGAUAGAGGCAGAGAGACGUCUACUAGCAAAUGCAUUGCUUGAUUUCUCAAACCAACGUUUUGUGUUACUUUCAGAAUCAUGCAUACCAUUGUUCAACUUCUCCACAAUCUAUACUUACUUAAUGAACUCAAAAAAAACCUUUGUGGAAACCAAUAUGCUUAAGGAUUCACAAUGGAAAAAAGGGUCUCAAUGGUUUCAAAUUGAUCGUUACCUUGCACUUCACAUAAUCUCCGACAAAACAUAUUUUCCUAUGUUCAAAAAGAAUUGCAACUCUCCAUGCUAUAGUGAUGAACAUUACUUGCCAACUUUUAUUAGUAAUGAAUUUGGGAAGAGAAAUUCUAAUAGGACUUUGACUUGGGUUGAUUGGUCAAAAGGUGGACCCCAUCCUUCAACGUUUAUUGGAAAAGAUUUGACUAUUGAAUUUUUGGAGAGGUUAAGGUUCGGGAGCACUUGUAAGUACAAUGGAAUUAGGACAACUACUUGUCAUUUGUUUGCAAGGAAAUUUCCUCUUGAUGCUUUGGAUACAUUGGUUAAAUAUGCUCCAAAGUUAAUGCAAUUCAAUUGA